ACCCAAGUUUCGCUUGAACAAUCUGUCGAACCAGACUGUCAAUCCCCAACGCCAGAGUUAUCCAAUAUUCCACAACUAUCCCUUGAGCAAUCAUUACCUAAAACUGGAUUAACUAAUCAAAAUGAAAUUAACAAUAUGGAUACAGAUGAGAUUCUCGUUGCCCCAAUUGAUCAAGAUUCAAUUGAUAAAUCUUUUCACACAAAAACAACAGAUCCUUCUGACGUCCCAAACAAUGUUGCUACUACAAGUGAUACGUUACAUUGCGAAUUUGGCCCAAGUUUAAAUCCUAAUACUAGCGAAAACACAUCUUCAUGGAAUAAUUCUGUUAAUAAUUCUACGGAAUAUAAUUAUGGAAAAGAACCUCGUAGAUGGCGAGGCCGUCGUUCCCCAAGUUCUCAAGCUGAUAAUGAGAAAUCUGACCAUAAAGUUCCAUUUAGUCUGCCUAAAUUAACUGACGCAGAAUUUCAGGCCUUGCCAUCUGGAUCACGUUUAUUUUUAGGAAAUUUGUCCACACAUUCAACUUCAAAAAAAGAACUUUAUGACAUUUUUUCUCCUCACGGGGAAAUCUUGCAAAUCUCUAUAAAAAAUAGUUUUGGUUUUGUUCAGUAUAAUAAUCCAGAAAGUGUUAAAAAAGCUAUUGAGAAGGAAAACGGUUUGGAAGUUUCCCAUGGUAAGCCGUGGCAUCAUUUAUCACCAAAUGAAGAUGGGUCCAAACCCUCAUUUGCCAACCGGCAAGAAAAACAUUGGAAUCAAAGAGGAUGUAAGGAAGAUUGGUACCAGAACGACCGUGAUUAUCCUCCAGGGCGAGGGCAUCAAGGCCAAUCUUACCCAGAUCGCCGAUAUGAUGAUUACGAUCGUCGGAAUCCUGAUUAUAAAUUUGACCGCCGUGCUUCAUAUGAUUCAAGAGGUGGUUAUGAAUAUUCUGAUCAGAGAGAUUAUCGUUCUCCACAAGAAUAUCGUGGUGACUAUAAAGAUGAACACGAAUAUCGACCUCGUGACGAGAGAGGAUAUCGUCGUAGUUCGUAUCGUGAUGAACAUCGUGAUGAAAGAUAUGCGCAACGUUCAAAGCCCUAUAGAAUUCCUUCCAGGGAUUAUAUGGAGCGAAGACAAAGUCGUGACCAUCCUUAUCGGUCCCAAUCUCAUGAUGAACCGGAUGAUGAGUUUCCCUUACCUCGGCGCCAAGGAAGCGAUGUUCCUGAAUGUCAAAUAAUCGUACUCGAAGAAGUGGAACGUAAUUUUCUUUGGCAAGUAGAAAGUUCUUUCCGCGACGCAAAUAUCACUGUUCAUACCCUUCAUUUAUCUCGAAAACUUCAUAUUCAAGCUGUUAUUCGCCAAAUGAUUGUUGAAGGUGUUCAUGCGGUUGUUUUCAUGGAACGUCACAAUGCAAUAAACGGUCGAGUAAAUAUGCAAAUAUUCGAUCAAUCUCGAGUAAGAGAUAAUGUAAAAUAUGAUGAAUACAAUAAUAUCAAAGUUGAUGAAGCAGUUAACCUUUUAUUGAGAACUCGUAUCCUGCAACGGCAAGGUGACCUUAGACCACCAGAUAACCUAUUACUUAGUGGUCAACCAAAUUUAUCACAAUCACAACAAGGACAGCCAGGUCCAGCUGGUCUUCACCCAAUAUCUUUAAGCAACGUUAAUUUUGCUGCACUUGCAAAUCUCCUUGGGACUCUUCAGCAACAACAACCACCCACUAAUCCUAACCAGGGAAUUCAACCAAUGCCGAUGAUUCCACUAGGAGGUAUUCAACCUUCUCAGCCAGGUUUGUUGAACCAACAACAACCUCAAAAUAUCGAUGUUCAACAGUUACUUAGACAGCUUGCACCCCAAAACACCGGGAUUCCAAACCAACCUCCUUUUAUGCCUGUGCCUCCACAUAUGGCACCUAAUCUUGGCCCACCACCUUCACCUUAUAAUGCCCCGAUGGUGGGCCAACCUCCAAAUAUCGUUCCUCCUAACCCCAUUACACCUAAUGGGUUGUCCCUAUCUCAGCAUCAAUCUCAACAUAUUAAUCCCAAUGUACCGCAAUUUUCAACUACAAUUUCUACUGCUUCUAAUGUGACAGACUUAAUGGCACAGUUCAAGCAAUAUAGCAAUCAGCGCUAG